AUGACCCUCUUAGUCGGAAUUGCAGGCAUCACUGGCCAAUUUGGUCAGCUGUUAACUUCCAAACUUCUUGAUGCUGGCCAACAAGUCUCGGUCCGUGGCUUUUGUCGAAACAAAUCCAAGCUAGCCCGAAACCUCUCUGCUUCUUCUCAAGUCGAGAUUGUGGAAGGCGGCGCGUAUGGUCAAGACCAAGUCGCCAAAUUUGUCAGGGGCUGCGAUAUUGUCGUCUGCUGCUACCUGGGAGACGACGAUCUGAUGAUCCAAGGUCAGAAGGUCCUCAUUGACGCAUGCGAGGAUGGAAAAGUCCCUCGCUACAUGGCAAGCGACUGGUGUUUGGAUUAUACCAAGCUCGAGUUCGGGCAGCUCUUCAUCAAAGAUCCGAUGAAGCAUGUCAAGGCUUACUUGGGCACCAAGGUGUUCGUGAAAGGAGUCCAUAUUCUCAUCGGCGCUUUUCUUGAGACUCUCAUCAGCCCUUACUUUGGCAUAUACGACUCUGGAACACACACGUUCUCGCAUUGGGGCGAGCCAGGUGUUUUGUUCGAAACCACGUCUUAUGGAAACGCGGCCGAGUUCACGACACAGGUCAUUCUUGACAAGGAGGCGGUUGGCAUUCAGCGCUUUGUGGGAGACACCAAGUCCAUGGACGACAUUGCGAAAGCGUAUGAGAGGGUCUAUGGCGUCAAGGCUAAUGUCGUGAUAAAGGGCUCUGCAAAGCAACUCUAUGACGAAAGGUGGAGUGUACGAAAUCGACCUUCGAGCCAACCCAACGAAUACAUGGCCGUGCUCUACCAGUACUACAUGAUAAAUGAGCAGACCUACGUGGGACCGUACCUUCAGAACUUGAAGUACCCAGACGUGAAGGCUUUGAAGAUUGAGGAGUUUAUGCGGCGCGUCCCAUUGGAUCAGCUCCCUGUUGUUUAUAGCAAUCCUGUGACACAGAGGGUGUAA